GGUGGAAAUAGGAAUCUGCCUAAUUUUUCUGGCCACUUUUUGCCUGUCGGACUUUGGCCGGAAACCAAGCUCUUUCUGAUUCUUCAUUUCCCUCCGCUACAUGCAUGCAUAUUAUGAGUGCAUGUAGGAGAAUCAUUGAUUAAAACAAAGGAAUGAGUAAAGCGGAAUCUAGUGAAUCACCACCACCACCACCCAAAGCCGACCACCACGAUGCCGGAGAAAAAGCACCACCAACUCCACCAAAAGUCGACCACCACGAAAAAUCACCACCACCAGCACCUCCCGAAGACCUAAGCUCCUCCUCCUCCACCUCCGACGAUGAGUCCUCCUCCGUCUCCUCUUCUCCUUCCUACAAAUCCACUAAAAAACCCCCGAAGCCGGAGCCCACGCAGCCGCCCCCAAAUCAGGAGAUGGAGCGCAGCCCCUCCGCCUACCGGAUCCCGCCCUCCGUCUUCGAGCGCAACAAGUCGUCCGCCGCCGGUGACUGGAGCGUCGCCUCCAACGACUCCCUCUUCAGCAUCCACGUCGGCAACAUGAGCUUCACCAACGAUCAGUACAUGUGGCGCUCCGAGGAGCUCACACCUCCACCUCCGGCCGCCGGAGGCGACCACAUGUUCACGUACCCCGCGCAUUCGGCGAAUGGAGGGGUCGCUGAUAUGAGGAGCCACGAGCUCGGGCUCGCGGAGGCUACCAUGCUGGAGGUGAUCAAGGAGAACGAGGGUCGGAGUCCUCCCCCGCGGGUGCCGGUGCCGGCAGAAGUGCGAAAAGCGCGGCGUUCCGCGGGGAGCAACCAGAGCAACAUGUCGUUCGCCUUUUCCGUAGCGGGAGGAGACACAGAGAGGAUACCUAGCUCGAUAAAGUCGCCGGAGAAAACCCCAGUAGAGCCGCAGCAGCACGAUCACGAUGAACCAAUAGAAAAAGAGGCUCAACCACCUCGAUCGAAAUGGUUAUGUUGUUGCUCGUGUUGGCCAUUUCGUUCGUGACACACAACAUUAAUUUAUAAAUAAACAUAUUUUCAACAACUAAGAUGAAGCUUUGCAUCUUCAUCUGCUGUAAUGCAUUUUCUCUCAUAUGACCUAAUGUAUUCUCAUCGGAUAUUCCUGUGAUUAUUUAG